AUGAAGAGGCUGGGUUUCAAUGGCCCGUUCCAGUGUGUUAUGUGCAAAGAAAAGGAAGAAUCUUUGGAUCACUUGUUGCUUCAAUGUGAUAUAGCUCAAGGAGUGUGGAAACUCUUAUUAAGAAAAUUGGGGUGGGAAACUCCUCUUCCAAAAAAAGUAAUAGAUCUUUUCAAAAGCUGGUUCACGGAGUACAGGAAGUCAACCCUCUCGAGUCUAUGGACUGUUUCGCCUUCAAUUGCUAUAUGGGAAUUAUGGAAAGAAAGAAAUAGGCAAGUAUUUCAAGAUAAAGAAGAGGCACUGGAAAGAGUGUGCGAUAGGGUGGAGAGGGCUAUUUCUGAAGUUGUUUCAGCAGCAACAGUUAAUCAUAAUUUUUUGGAACAUCCGUAUUGCUUGGUGGACAUCUUUAGUCAAUCCAG